CUCAGUCGGAAGCUGGAAGUGAUCACUGCUGAGGGUCCUCCACACCGUGGAUCUGGUUUUGGCACGCUGCUGGAGCUGGGACUGUCGGAUUGUGGAUGGCGGCGGCUGCGGAGCCGGGGGCCCGGACUUGGCCGGACAGCAGUUCCCCACGUCUCGGUAGCCCGGCCGGCAGCCCGGUACUGGGCAUCUCAGGCCGCGCACGCCCGGGGUCAGGGCCAGAGCGGACUGGUAGAGCUAUUGGCCCUGCAGCGCCCGGCCACAUCUUCCGCAAGGUGACACUCACCAAGCCCACCUUUUGCCAUCUCUGCUCGGACUUCAUAUGGGGACUAGCCGGCUUCCUGUGCGAAGUCUGCAACUUCAUGUCCCAUGAGAAGUGCCUGAAGCAGGUGAAGACGCCGUGCACAAGCAUCGCUCCAAGCCUAGUACGGGUUCCUGUAGCCCACUGCUUUGGCUCCCUUGGGCUCUACAAGCGCAAGUUCUGUGUGGUCUGCCGCAAGAGCCUGGAGGUUCCUGCGCUCCGCUGUGAAGUGUGUGAGCUGCACGUUCACCUCGACUGUGUGCCCUUCGCCUGCAGCGACUGUCGUCAGUGCCACCAUGAUGGACAGCAGGAUUAUGACACAUAUCACCACCACUGGCGGGAGGGAAACCUGCCUUCUGGUGCACGAUGUGAGGUCUGUAGGAAGACUUGUGGUUCCUCAGAUGUGCUGGCUGGUGUACGCUGCGAGUGGUGUGGUAUACAGGCCCACUCAGUGUGCUCCACAGCACUCACACUCGAGUGUACAUUUGGGCGUCUACGCUCCUUGGUGCUGCCUCCUUCAUGUGUGCGCCUGCUGUCCCGAAACUUCAGCAAGAUGCACUGCUUCCGCAUCCCUGAGACCAUUGCCCUGGAACUUGGUGAUGGGGGCGAUGGCCUAGAUGCAAGUGCUGCCACAGGCAUAGGCAGAGAGAUGCUGACAGCUACAGAAUCCACCAAACAGAUCCUGAAGAUCUUUGAUGGCAACGACUCCAUGAGGAAAAAUCAGUUUCGCCUGGUUACAGUUUCCCGCCUGGCUCGGAAUGAGGAAGUGAUGGAGGCAGCACUUCGGGCCUACUAUAUCAAUGAGGAUCCUAGGGACUUCCAGCUGCAGGCACUGCCCCUAACCAUAAUGUCUGGGGCUACUGAGGAAGAGGCUAGCAAAGGCUCUGGGCCCCAGGAGUCAAUGCCUGAGGCCUGGGUCAUCAGGUCUCUACCUCGUGCCCAGGAGAUCCUCAAGAUCUAUCCUGGCUGGCUCAAGGUUGGUGUGGCCUAUGUGUCCAUCCGUGUGGACUCACAGAGUACAGCACGGUCUGUGGUUCAAGAGAUUCUCCCACUGCUUGGUCGACAGGUUGAGGAUCAGGAGAGAUUCCAGCUGAUUGAGGUGCUCAUGAGCAGCAGACAAGUUCAAAGGACAGUGCUAAUGGAUGAGGAACUUCUGCUAGACCGACUCUGGGACAUCCGACAGACAUCUGUGCGCCAGGUGAGCCAGACGCGGUUCUACGUGGCUGAGAGCAGGGCCAUGGCCCCACAUGUCUCACUGUUCGUGGGUGGUCUGCCACCUGGUUUGUCCCCCCAGGAUUACAGCAACCUGCUGCAUGAGGCCAUGGCCACUAAAGCUGCUGUGGUGUCUGUGAGUCACGUCUACUCCUUACAAGGUGCAGUAAUUCUGGAUGUCACCUGCUUCGCAGAGGCUGAGCGGCUAUACAUGCUGGCCAGGGACACAGCAGUGCAUGGCCGGCCACUAACUGCACUAGUGCUUCCAGAUGUGCUGUCCCCCACUUCUCAGCACACGAAGCUGCCUCCUGACUGCUGCCCCCUCCUCGUGUUUGUGAACCCAAAGAGUGGGGGCCUCAAGGGCCGAGAACUGCUCUGCAGUUUCCGGAAGCUACUGAAUCCACACCAGGUCUUUGAAUUGACCAACGGGGGCCCUCUUCCUGGGUUCCACCUUUUCUCUCAGGUGCCCUGUUUUCGGGUACUGGUGUGUGGUGGAGAUGGCACCGUGGGCUGGGUGCUCGCUGCCCUGGAGGAGACAAGGCGCCAUCUGGCCUGCCCAGAGCCAUCUGUGGCCAUCCUGCCCUUGGGUACAGGGAAUGACCUUGGCCGGGUCCUCCGUUGGGGGGCAGGCUAUAGUGGUGAGGACCCAUUCUCUGUGCUGGUGUCUGUGGAUGAGGCUGAUGCUGUGCUCAUGGAUCGCUGGACAAUCCUGCUGGAUGCUCAUGAGACUGAUAGUGCAGAGAAUGGUGUGGUAGACACGGAGCCUCCCAAGAUUGUUCAAAUGAGUAACUACUGUGGCAUUGGUAUCGAUGCGGAGCUCAGCCUAGACUUCCACCAGGCACGUGAGGAGGAGCCUGGCAAAUUCACAAGCAGGUUCCACAACAAGGGUGUAUAUGUGCGGGUCGGGCUGCAGAAGAUCAGCCACUCUCGAAGCCUACACAAGGAGAUCCGGCUGCAGGUGGAGCAGCAGGAGGUGGAAUUACCCAAUAUUGAGGGUCUCAUCUUUAUCAACAUCCCCAGCUGGGGCUCAGGGGCUGACCUGUGGGGCUCUGACAGCGACUCAAGGUUUGAGAAGCCACGCAUAGACGACGGGCUGUUGGAGGUAGUGGGUGUAACAGGUGUCGUGCACAUGGGCCAGGUCCAGGGUGGGCUGCGCUCUGGAAUCCGCAUUGCCCAGGGCUCCUACUUCCGUGUUACACUCCUCAAGGCUACUCCAGUACAAGUGGAUGGUGAGCCCUGGAUUCAGGCCCCAGGGCACAUGAUCAUCUCUGCUACUGCCCCUAAGGUCCACAUGCUGAGGAAAGCCAAGCAGAAGCCCAGGAAGACUGGCAACAUCAGAGAUACCCGAGUGGACACCUUGCCUGUUCCUGAGAGCAACCCUUAAUAGAAAGAGGAGCCAAGAUGAAGGGUCUCAACCACCUAGCCCCCCCUUGUCUUUGGUUCUUUUCCAAGUCACACAUUGACUGGCCAACAAAUGGACUUAGCUAUACCACUGACCAUAGCAUCUUCAUGGGUCUUGGGAUGUUUCCAUCCCUCAUCCUUAUCCAGUGUUAUGUGCAAACUUAGGAGCAGGUAGGUAAUGGCCAUUGCUCAUUCUGCCACAGUACUGGUCUAUAUGACUUGGGCAUGAGGCUCUGGCUAGCCUGUCUUCUGCAUAAGACUGGUCCUCAUGAGGUAAGUGGAGCUGGUUCUGAUAGGCACACUCCUUCCUUUGAAACCUCUCUUAGAGCCCUUUGGGCCCAACACUUCCUGAUGCAGUCCAUCCAGGUGGGCCCUCUGAUCUUACUUUAGUUCUUUCAAAGCAGCUAUCCCUGUUAGGCCCUGGCCUAGCAGAUGUAAAAAGCUGCUUGUUCCUACUGCCCCCAUUGGGUGAGUGUGGCAUCCUCAAGUCCCCUGGGAUUGUCAUGAGACAGCAUUUUGGGCUGAAGAUAUUAGUUGCAAAGUCUUAUCCAGCUGGUGGCCCUGAGCUGAAAAGCUGUACCCAGGAAGGGGAAAUCUUCAUCUACCCUAAGGUUAGUUAAGUAUAAGUGUCACAGCUGGAGUGUGUGCCAGGCCCUGAGUGUCCCUUCUCAUCCCUGGAAUGGGCACCUAAUGCCCAGAAGAGAUCAGAACAGGGCCAGGUAGUACCUGGUUGAAGAAUGUGUAAAUAAUAACAUCUGCUAUUAUGGAGUGGCUAAAACUCCCUUAGACUCAACUUAUAGCACUUUAUAUACAUGCUGUUUGCCAGCCCGCAGCCCUUCUUUAUAGAUGGAGAGCUUCUACUCUGGCUUCUACACAAACCAAGGCAGCUCUGGUGGCCAGGACUUGCUGGGGGUAUCAGGGUCACUUCCAUGUACCCAAGAAUUUGUCACACCUCAGACCCCAGAGGGUCUGUGUAGCUAAGCCUCGUGGUGCAUGCCUGUAAUUCAUUUCUUGGAGGCUGAAGCAAGUUCAAGACCUGACUGGCUGUAGAGCUAAAGCCCCUCUUGAAAAGUAAAAAGACCGGG